AGUGCUUUCGCGUACUCCGGCUGCGUCGCUACACGUAUUGCGGUCGCGUUCGCGUAUUCAUAUUUACGAACAUGUUUUAACGUGUGACAAAUUUCUAGUGAUCCGUUCUAGUGUUAAUGUGCUGUGAUUUGUGAUACAGUGUUUUGUUUAUGAGGUGUAAAGAAGAUGAUAAUGUAUUCUACGAAUAGACUGUGGUGGGAGUAACACAUUUUAUUAUUCUGUGAAAAAAGUUUUUGAUUUGACUGGUGAAAGUGACGGCAUUAUGGUGGACGUGUAGUUUGAGCUGAAGAUAGAAAGAGAUAGACAAUGGGAGGUUUUAAUUUUGUAAAGGUGCUCGGCUUCGUCCUUCUGGGCUGGAUUUCUGAGACAAAAGCCCUCAAAGACGUCCAGCUGAUAGCACCAUCUGCUGUUAAACUCGGGGACACGGUGCUUCUAGGCUGCAAAUGGACCUUAGAGGGCAAUGAGACCCUGUACAGUGUCAAAUGGUACAGAGGAAGGCAAGAGUUCUUCAGUUACCUCCCAAAGGAGUAUCCUUUCACGAGGAUCUUCGCGCAGCCGGGAAUAGACGUUGAUGUGUCGCGGUCAACGUCGCAGCAGGUUGUGUUGCGAGAGGCGACACGCGCUCUCGCCGGCCGCUAUCGCUGCGAAGUGUCAGCUGACGCGCCCUCGUUCCACACACAAGUUCGCUCGGCGUAUAUUCACGUCGUCGAGUUACCACCAGAAAAGCCGACCAUCAAAGCAGAGAAGGGCUGGUAUGCAUCGGGCGACUCCCUCCGAGCUAUGUGCACCUCACCGCCAGCAGAUCCGCCUGCUAACCUCACUUGGUUGCUCAAUGGACGUGACAUACAAGGAAAGCCGGUCAUCCAACAACGAAUUUUACCAAGUCCCGUGGUGUCCAUCGACGUGCCUCACAGUCAAGACCGAAGCACGGUCCCGCCAAUAGACGAGAAUAGCAACAUCAUAUUCAGUCCGUGGAAGGCGUUUGGACCCUUCGUUGACACAAUACAGGACGGUGAAUUGUUACCGAGUCAAGACACAUUGUUACUACCAACACCUAGAAAUCAAGAGAGUUCAUUAGACGAAGACGCCACGGAUCCAAUGCCUACUGCGGAAACGUCUAAUAAGGUGGCCUCAAUAAGCCAGCUCUCAUUCAUGGUUAGGCCAGACAGCUUCGAGAGAGGCCAGCUCCGUCUGACCUGCAUCUCGACUGUGCACAGCGUGUACAGCGAGCAGGCAGAGCUCGUCAUCAACGAGGAACGACCUCAGAUAGCUUCGGUGCUUGGCACGAGGGACCGAGCUGGGGGUCCGGUGGCUGCAUCGCUACUUCUGACGAUACUCUGCUGCAGUAUCACCGUCUGUGACAUCAUAUUAAGGCAAAUCCUACGAUGAUGUCGGGCCGCGGGCGAUACAGCUGUCAGACAAAACCCUCGGAGUAUCUGUAAAUAAGAUUUUUAAGUCAUAACUUGUAAGGGAAAUAUAGGAAAACAUUGUACAAUGCCGAACGUUGUAUGUGUCAGCAACUCAGAAGAUUAGGAU